GUUUUACUGAUAAACUGGUGUAAUUUGUAAAUAUUUCCUGUACAAACUGAUGCACAAUGCUUCAGCAAGCACACACGACAGGAAAUGCUGUUAUGGUACAAAGUCUUCUCAGUGAAAUAUACAAUCGGUACCAAUUUCAAAAGCAAUUUGACAGCUCCACUGAGACCUCAUGUUUAUCUGAUGGAAUUUUCAGUCAAUCUCAAACCUUUACCGAAGCUGAUAAACACCAGCAAGCAGACAGGAAAUUACAGAAGUCUUUUCUGGAGUCCGCAGACCCAGAAACUCUGCUCGGGAUAAAAUCAGAGCUUGAUGAAAGAAUCAGCGUCAUGUCAGCCAAACUAGUGCGGCAGUUGAAGCAAAGAAAUCGACUGAAAGAUAAACAUAAAAAGUUCUGCGACACAAUCACUGCAGUUCUUCAAGCCACAUCACAAAAACGAAGAGUGGAUGCCAAUUUAAAGUUCAACUUGGAGCCGCAAUCAGGAGAGGAAGGUUUCAAACAGUGGUAUGAUGCACUACGGGCACUGGUAAGACUUCCCAAUGGACUUCCCAAUUGCUGGAGAAAGAAAAUUUGGCUGUGUCUUGCGGAGAAUUACUUGGAUAGGAAAUUUCCCAAUGAAGACUGGAAAGCAACUAUAAGCCGAACAUUUAGUGAUAGGAUUUGUGAGAAUGAUGAAAACUUGGGAAACCAAAUCGUUAAAGACCUGCAUAGAACUGGCUAUGCUGGAAUUGACUCGAGUAGCAAUUAUGAGAACCAGAUGGUUUUAAAGCGAGUGUUGCUAGCAUAUGCAAGGUGGAAUCAAGCGGUGGGCUACUGUCAAGGUUUCAAUGUCCUUGCCUCAUUAAUCCUGCAUGUAACAGGUGGGGAUGAGAUAGCAGCAUUUAAAAUAAUGGUGCAUCUUGUGGAUGGGGUGUUACCGGAAAAUUACUUCGCAAAUAACCUUCAAGCUUUGUCAGUUGACAUGGCAGUGUUCCGUGAUCUGCUUAGAGCUCGUCUUCCGCAAUUGUCUAAACAUUUAGACAGUUUGCAAAAGGAAGCAAAUGAAAAUAGUUCAAGUUAUGAACCUCCUUUAACCAAUGUCUUCACAAUGCAAUGGUUUCUUACACUCUUUGCCACUUGCUUGCCCCCUGAAACUGUGCUAAGGAUUUGGGAUUGCAUUAUGUUAGAUGGCAACGAAAUCUUAAUGAGGGUCGCGCUUGCCAUUUGGGCAAAACUUGGCGAAAAGGUGGGUGAGGCUCAAUCUGCUGAUGAAUUCUACUGUGCUAUGGCUGAGCUGAUGCAGAGUGCAGUUAUAGGAAAGUUGGUUUUAGCCGAUGACAUCAUUCGAUUGGCGUAUAGAAUCACAAGCUUUCCUUUUCCUCAUCUAAGUCAGCUUCGUGAAAAAUACACAUACAACAUCACCCCAUUUGCUGCAGAAAACUCAGAUGAUAGAAGUGCUGAUGAAACCCAGGAUGGAAUCUCACGCAACACUUCAACUAAUAUAAGUAAUUUGGAAGAGCCUCCAUUUUUCUGCUUCACUGGUUUAACGUCCACUGUUCCCCUGUCCCCAACCAACCCUAAAAUGAAAUCAAUGAAGCAACAAAGCCUGGAGCAAUUGCCAAGUCGUUUAAAGAUGACGGAAUCCCACCAUCAACACAACAGCAUGAUGUCAGAAAGGAUGUCAACCAACAUUGCUGCCCUCAAACAUCAAUACAUGACGAUACGCCAACGUCAACUUAACGCUCACCUUGUUUAUGGGAAACCUUCAAAAGAAAAACGAAACGUCGGAAUGUCAACGAACCCAAUUGACAUUCCAGUUGUGAUGAAUCAUCUUCUCGUUGGGCGGAAGCAAACUAAGUUACCAAUUACAGCUGCCACUGUUAAAUCUGUUCAGAUCCAGGACACUGGUUUAAGCCUACCUAAAGGUAGGCGGAAAAAGAAUUCUUCAAACAAAAGUAGACAUUCACAGAAACCUCAUUAAAAUCUUACACAAUUUAUACAUUCCAGGUCCAAAAUGCUGUAAAGCAAACGCUGCGAUUAUUUACCAAUUCAUCUAGCAUUACCGCCAUUAAAUUUAAACCAAGAUGUUCUAUAAUUUGUACUUAAUCUUACACUAGGCAACUGCCUUUUUCGCUACAAACUUACAUUUUUUAUAAAAUAAUACUAAUUUUUUUUUAAUUACUUUGCACAAAGUUCUGUAUUUCUUGUAGCUGUUUUGGGAAUCUUUUUUAGUGUGCUGUAUUCGACUGUAGUAAUCACCUAUGUAUGCAAAUGCAAUAGAUUAGUGGAAUAUAGUUUUGAUAUGGGGAAGCAUUUUCAACUAUAUAUUCAGUAUGACGCAUUCAUUUGUUUCAAGAGGGAUAUGUAUGUUUGAUGUAAUAGUUGCAACAUCAUUGUCUUUUAUAGUUUAAUUUUCCAUUGUCCAAAUCAAUGAACUUUAGCUAUUUUUUAUUUACUGAUUUUAUAGAAAAGUAGAGGUGAUUAAGUAAACAAAAGAAAGUUAAGUAAAAGGUGUUGUGUUUCAUGUUUUAUUUCACAAACCUUUUUUUUGUAAUCAAUAUUUUAUACCAAAUGAUUGAGCGCAUCCCGUUAUUACUUUGAAACAGCAUCGGAACGCAGUUUAUAUUCAAAAACACAAUCCUUUACAAUUAGAUACUAUAUAUAUACAUCCCUUUUUUAUGCUUUAUUAAAGUUUUUUACAAAAAAUGAAUUUUUAAGAGCUGUGUGUUUGUGAAAGAUCGUAGGUUUACUUCCCAUCUUCAAAUUUCCUAAUCGUCGUGCAAUGUAAUUGUCAUCGGUGCAAUUAUUUAAGUGUAAAAAGGUUAUUCACUAACUUUCAUUUCUUCAUUAG